AUGGUCCGUAAAACACGUUCUCAACAACUGGUUGACGACGACGCCCCCGCUACUCAACAAUCUAUCCAUGAUCUUCAAGCACAGAUCACAGCUCUCGUGGCUGACCUAACCACACAACAAGCUGCCCCUGCACAUCACCGGCAACACGAAGAACAAAACAACAACAGCAACAAUUCAGACAAGGAUGCAAACCCGUUUGCACCACUGCGUCAACAACAAGACCGUCGCCUUAAUCAGCACAACACCAAUCUCAACAAUUCAGAUUCAGAUGAAGAAGACAAUAGGGCGUCUUGGAAACGCUGUUUCAAACUUGAAAUUCCAGAAUUCAAUGGCUCUACAGGGGCUGAAGAACUCUUGGAUUGGUUUGUAACGGUGGAGGAGAUACUAGAAUUCAAACAGAUCCCUCUAGAUCGUUGUGUUCCUCUCAUCGCUAUCCGUUUUCGUGACAGAGCGGCUGCAUGGUGGUCUCAGAGUAAGACGACUUGCGCUCGUCUAGGCAAAACAAAGAUUAGUUCAUGGGAUACAUUAAAAAGAGAGAUGCAAAAAAAAUUUUUGCCAUACAACUAUGAACAAUUGAUGUUUCAGAAGUUCCAGAAUCUUCGACAAGGAUCAAAGACCGUCGAUGAAUACGCAACGGAAUUUUUCAAGAUGAUCAAUCGAGUCGAAAUCCAAGACACAAAAAAACAAUUGGUCAUGCGAUUCAUCGGAGGCCUGCGGCAACAAAUUCAGUUCAUUUUGAAUUUAUUCCAACCACAGUCGAUCUCUGAAGCUCAUCAACAAGGUAUUGCUAUCGAGGCUCAAGCUUGCGGUGGCUUUCCGACUUGGGGAAACAACAAACAGUCACGUACCACUUCGACUCCGGCCUCGUCUGGCACCGCGAACGAUGUUACUCCGUCAAAAACAGAGACAACCAUUGUUCCCACUGAUGCACAAAAACAAGGUCGACCAGGAUGUCUAAACAGGGCUCGGCGCGGCCUGCUCCUUGAAGACCAGUAUGCUGACGACGAUGGUCCCAUCUACGAUGACGACGACCUAGGUGAGACCGAAGAACUCGUCGCCGACUCCGGAGCUUCAUGCACUGUCAAGGGCAAAGUAUGCCACUUCAUCAUUGAUUUUGGCAGUUCCGAGAACGUCAUCUCAGCAGAAGCAGUUAAGAAGCUUGAGUUACCCGAAGAACCACACCCGUCUCCUUACAAAUUGGCUUGGCUCCAACAAGAUAAUGACCUCACCAUUACUCGCCGGACGUUGGUUUCAUUCUCUAUUGGAGAGUCCUACCAUGACAAAACUUAUUGUGAUAUAGCCCCAAUGGAUGCUUGUCAUAUCCUUUUGGGACGACCAUGGGAAUUGGAUCGGCAUGUCAUUCACGAUGGGUUUCUUAACACAUACACCUUUCGCUUUAACAAUCGUACUUUCGUGUUAAAACCCUCCUCGCCAAACUCCAUCACCUCCCUGUCCUCCCCAACAUCACAGAAACCCGCACCAGUCUUACUACUUCAGCGCGCGCCUUUUAAAAACUUGAUGCAUGAAACCGGAGUUGUCUUCCUCCUUGUGCUCGCACCAGCCUCACCUACAACGCCAUCUACUCAACCACAGCUUCAGAACCUCGUAACAGAAUUCUCCGACGUCUUUCCAGAAGAACUACCAUCUAGUUUGCCGCCGUUGCGCGAUAUACAACAUCGCAUAGACCUAGUGCCGGAUGCAUCAUUACCAAAUCGAUCUCAUUAUCGUAUGAGCCCAUCUGAACAUGAAGAACUGCGUCGUCAAGUCGAGGAACUCUUGACCAAAGGAUUUUUACGAGAAAGCCUUAGCCCGUGUGCGGUCCCCGCUUUGUUGAUUCCUAAGAAAGAUGAAACUUGGCGGAUGUGUGUUGAUAGCCGAGCUAUUAACAAAAUCACAGUUCGUUAUCGAUUCCAUGUUUCGAGAUUAGAUGACUUACUCGACAAGAUUGGAUCCGCAUCGAUCUUCUCCAAGCUCGACUUACGCAGUCGCUACCAUCAAAUUCGAAUUCACCCGAUUGACGAAUGGAAGACAGCAUUCAAGACUCGCGAAGGCUUAUUUGAAUGGUUGGUAAUGCCGUUUGGUCUAUCUAAUGCUCCUAGCACCUUUAUGCGCAUCAUGAACCAGGCUUUAAGGCCAUUUAUUGGAAAGUUCGUGGUGGUUUACUUUGACGAUAUUCUCGUCUUUAGUUCUUCCUUUCAUGACAACAUCAUGCACCUACGUGACGUCCUAACCGUUUUUGAGGCGUGA